AUGAUUGAGGAAGUACUCUCGAACCUCUCGCUGGAGAAGGUGGCCUUCGGGUCCGGCCUUUUCCUAGUGGUGCUUUUCUUCGUGAUGAAAUUCCGAGUUGCCAGAGAAAUCCAGAAUCUGGGAGGAAAGGCUCCAGAGAUUCCUAGUUAUCUUCCCGUGGCGGGCGAUUUUAUCUAUCAAUCGAUGCAAGCACGAAAGAAUUUUAAAGAACUCGAAUUUUGGCAUGGGACUAUGGAUCGUACGAGAAUAGCAAGGAAAGUCGGCCGUUUCCCUCUCACGACAGAGAUCAACUCCUUAAUCUCAAACCGAAUCAUCUUCACGAUUGACCCGGAGAAUAUCAAGGCCCUAUUGACUGGCCAGUUCAAUGACUUUGGAAAGGGACAGACCUUUCAUCAGGAAUGGCGCGAGUUUCUAGGUGAUAGCAUCUUCGCCACUGAUGGCGAGCUCUGGUCUGCCUCACGACAUCUCAUCCGGCCUAUGUUUGUCCGAGAUCGAAUUGUCGAUACCGAAAUCUUCGAAACCAAUGUUCAGAAACUCAUUCAACUUUUUAGAGGCGACUCAUCACCGCAUGGAAGUAAGAUUGUAGAUGUUGGUGGUCUAUAUUUCCGCUAUACUCUAGACGCCGCCACGGAUUAUCUCCUGGGACAAGGGACAGAUAGUCUGGCCAAUCCCACGACAGUAUUCGCCGAAGCGUUCCGUUACGUGCAAUCUAGACAGGCGGACUAUUUCAGAAUGGGGCCACUGAACAUCUUCAUGUCCCGGAAGAAGUUCCGGGAACAGUUGAAGAUCAUGGAUGACUUUAUCCAGCCUUAUAUUGACACGGUCCUGUCUCUCAGCCCCGACGAACUCGACAAGAAACUUUCUAAACGUGACACAUUCCUCGAUGCUCUGGCACGAUUUACCCGUGAUCCACGCGUAUUGCGUGAUCAGCUGGUCGCCGUUCUUCUGGCAGGACGAGACACUACGGCUGGAACCCUUUCUUUCUGUACGUUUGAGUUGUCGCGGCAUCCUGAAGCCGUUGCAAAGCUCAGAGCAGAGAUCAAAGAGCGUCUUGGUGUUGGAGCACAUGCUCAAAAGCCAACAUAUAACGACCUGAAAGAAAUGAAAUACCUUACUGCACUCAUCAACGAAACGCUGCGAUUCUACCCUAUAGUCCCGUUUAAUGUUCGCUACAGCUUACAUGAUACAUCGCUGCCUCGUGGUGGUGGGCCUGAUGGCAAAUCGCCAGUCGGCGUCCGGGGUGAAACUAGGGUCGUCUACUCUACAAUGAUAAUGCAGCGCUUAGGUCUCCUCUAUGAUGAUGUGGAUUCUGAGAAAUAUUUUGAUCCCGGCAAGUGGAUUCCGGAACGGUGGAUGUCAGGCUGGCAGCCCAAGCCAUGGCACUUCAUCCCAUUCAACGGCGGUCCUCGCAUUUGUAUUGGACAGCAAUUUGCCAUGCUGGAAAUGGGUUACACGCUCGUGAGAAUAUUCCAGGCAUACGAGCGAGUCGUUGCCGUCCCUGUUACUGGCCACGACCGCGUUGAGGAUCCCCUACUUCGCUUUGAGGUCACCCUUAGUCCUGGCUCCGAAAUGAACUGUGUCUUUUUGAGAGAAGGCGAGAAACAGUCCUAA